AUGUGUAAGGGUAAAGGUCUACCAAAAAUAGAAGCUAAAAAAGAGUUAGUGAAAAGGGUGGCAAUAAGAAUGAUUAGUAAAGUGAAAGGAAAAAGUGUAAAAAAUAGUAAUCAAUAUAAGAAUACAUGGAAUAAAAAGUCAGGUAAUGUGCUAAAUAUCUUGAUGCAUGAAAAGGAUGAGCUGAGAUCAGAUAUAAAUGAUGGAAGUUUUGGGGUUCAAAAGUGUGUAAUAUCUGACUUGCAGUAUAUAGCCCUAGAGAAGUUUUUGGAAAAGACAGUUCAAGUAAUGAUAGAGAAGGUUUAUAAGGCUAAAAGGUUUUUGAACAAUGCAUUAAAAAGUAAGAAUUGGGAUUUGAUUAUUAGGACUCAGGAUGUUGUUGCAACUAGAGUGUUUAUGCUGAGAACAGAUAGAGAAGAACAAGCAACCAAGAUUGGAAAUAAGCCAGUAAUGAAAACAAAUUUUAUGGGAUGGUCUGCUAGAAAAGGAGCAUCAAAAGAAGUAGUUGAGUUGCCUCCAGCCACAAAGAUUAUGGUUUCAGGACCAUCAGGACAAAGAGACCUUGUAAAAAUCCAGUAUAGAGGAUAUUAG